CAGGCUUUAGGACCCGGAUGCGUAGCGAGUCUCAGACACCGGUUGAUGCUCCGCUGGCUACUCGUUCAAUGUCUCAUAUCAAAGAACAAUCAACGUGCGUCUCGACCGGAGACGUUUAACACGUUUUCUGCUCGUGGUUUAACACUGAUCUCAGUACUGCUCUAAUCGAGUGUGUAGAUCUUUGUGCGUAACGGUGCGGCACGCGCAUCUGCAUCCCCGGUAAAUUCCUCCACCGGGAAACGGUGAACGAGACCGAAGCGCCGUUCAUUCAUCCCCCAUCAGUCCGCUUCAGGCCACCGGCGACAGCAUGAGCAAGAGGUUUACGGUGACUGCCGGUGACAUCCAGGGGGAAGUGAACCAGCUGUUCGAAGGGGAUGAGCCGACACCGGGCGCAUCCGCGCAGACCCCGGGCGCAGACGGCUCCGGUAAAGUGGUCAACACCACCUGUCAACCCAAAAAAGGUGAUUCAAAUCCCAAAGAGAGCAGCCCGUUCAUCAACAGCACUGAUGGUGAAAAGAGCCAGCAGUAUGACGGCAAGAACAUGGCCCUGUUUGAGGAGGAGAUGGACACAAUUCCCAUGGUAUCGUCUCUUCUCAGCAGUCUUGCCAACUAUUCCAACCUGCCUCAGGGCAGCAAAGAACACGAGGAGGCCGAGAACAACGAGGGCUCACGAAAGAAACCCGUUCAGGCUCCGCGGAUGGGAACGCUGAUGGGAGUUUAUCUGCCCUGUCUGCAAAACAUCCUGGGUGUCAUUUUAUUUCUGAGGAUGACCUGGAUGGUGGGCAUCGGAGGGGUCAUUGAAGCCUUCAUCAUAGUGCUCAUGUGUUGCUCCACGACGAUGCUCACGGCAAUCUCUAUGAGUGCUAUCGCCACCAACGGUGUGGUACCUGCCGGAGGGUCGUAUUACAUGAUCUCUCGUUCAUUGGGUCCUGAGUUCGGUGGAGCUGUGGGGAUCUGCUUCUACCUGGGCACCACCUAUGCUGGAGCCAUGUACAUCCUGGGCUGCAUUGAGAUCUUACUGAUUUACAUCGUACCACAAGCAGCCGUUUUUAAGAUGGAGGGUUUGGAGGGAGCGGAGGCCGAGGCGGCCAUGCUGAACAACAUGCGUGUUUACGGCACGCUGGUGCUCACCUUCAUGGCUAUCGUGGUGUUUGUAGGAGUGAAGUACGUCAACAAACUAGCGCUCGUCUUCCUCGCGUGUGUCAUCUGUUCGAUUCUCGCCGUUUACGCUGGAGUGAUCAAAACGGCAUUCGAGCCGCCCAUAUUUCCUGUGUGUGUGCUUGGAAACCGGACUCUGGUUUGGAAAGGAUUCGACGUGUGCGCGAAGUUCAUGGAAAAAGACAACGUCACGGUCACGACCCAACUAUGGAGACUCUUCUGUGAUUCCGAGUUUAUGAAUGCAACCUGCGACUCUUAUUUCACCAACAACAGUAUCACAGUGAUCCAGGGCAUUCCCGGAGUCACCAGCGGCAUUCUGCGGGAAAAUCUCUUUGGGAAUUACAUGGAAAAGGGUGUUUUCAUCGAGAAAGUGGGACUUCCUGCAGUCGAGGAUUCAGAUUCUGUCCCGACCAAUACAAACCGUUAUGUGCUGGCUGAUAUCACCUCCUUCUUUACCAUGUUGGUGGGGAUUUACUUUCCUUCUGUAACAGGUAUCAUGGCCGGAUCAAACCGUUCUGGUGAUCUACGUGAUGCACAGAAGUCCAUUCCCAUCGGCACCAUACUGGCCAUCACCACAACCUCCAUCAUCUAUAUGUCCAGUGUGCUGCUGUUUGGUUCCUGUAUUGAAGGAACAGUUCUGCGGGAUAAAUUUGGUGAGGCUGUCAGAGGUAAUCUGGUCAUCGGGACGUUAGCGUGGCCGUCACCGUGGGUCAUCGUUAUUGGUUCAUUCUUCUCUACCUGUGGGGCGGGGCUUCAAAGCUUGACAGGCGCUCCUCGUCUUUUACAGGCCAUAGCACGAGAUGGCAUAGUGCCAUUUCUUAGAGUUUUUGGUCAUGGGAAAGCGAAUGGAGAGCCCACCUGGGCGCUGCUCAUGACCGCUUGUAUCUGUGAGAGUGGAAUUCUCAUCGCUUCCCUAGAUUCCGUCGCUCCAAUUCUCUCCAUGUUUUUUCUCAUGUGCUACAUGUUUGUGAAUUUGGCCUGUGCUGUUCAGACUUUGCUCAGAACGCCAAACUGGAGACCCCGCUUUAAGUUUUACCACUGGACUCUGUCGUUCCUCGGCAUGAGUCUCUGUCUGUCCCUCAUGUUCAUCUGUUCCUGGUACUACGCUAUUGUUGCCAUGGGAAUCGCUGGCUGUAUCUACAAGUAUAUCGAGUUCAGAGGGGCUGAAAAGGAAUGGGGAGAUGGAAUAAGAGGUUUGUCGCUCAGUGCCGCCCGAUUUGCCCUCAUGAGGUUAGAAGAAGGACCUCCACAUACCAAAAACUGGAGGCCUCAAAUAUUGGUCCUGGUCAGUAUGGACGCCGAGCUGAAUGUUGAACAGCCUCGUCUGCUCUCUCUGACCAGUCAGCUGAAGGCAGGGAAAGGUUUGACCAUCGUGGGAACGGCGCUGGAGGGCACAUACCUCGAAAACUAUGCUCAGAGCCAGCAGACUGAACAGUCUUUAAGGAAGCUCAUGGAGGCAGAGAAGGUUAAAGGAUUUUGUCAGGUGGUUAUUUCCUCCAACAUGAGAGAUGCCACCUCACAUCUGGUUCAGGCUGGUGGUUUGGGUGGUCUUCAACACAACACGGUUCUGACCAGCUGGCCACGUAACUGGAAACAGUUAGAAGACCAUCGGAUCUGGAGAAACUUCAUUGAGCUGGUGAGGGAGACCACUGCUGCCAGUAAAGCUCUGCUCGUGCCCAAGAACAUCUCAGCCUUCCCAUCCAAUGGAGAACGCUUUACUGAGGGACACAUCGACGUCUGGUGGAUUGUACAUGAUGGAGGAAUGCUGAUGUUGUUACCCUUCCUCCUCCGUCAGCACAAGGUAUGGAGGAAGUGCAAGAUGCGUAUCUUCACCGUGGCCCAGAUGGAUGAUAAUAGCAUUCAGAUGAAGAAAGAUCUCACAACCUUCCUGUAUCACCUGCGUAUAGAUGCAGCAGUUGAGGUGGUUGAGAUGCAUGACAGCGAUAUAUCGGCGUACACGUAUGAGAAAACUCUGGUGAUGGAGCAGCGUUCUGAGAUCCUCAAACAGAUCAACCUCACCAAGACCGAGCGCGAGCGAGAGAUUCAGAGCAUCACCGAUAGCUCUCGUGGGUCCAUUCGGCGCAAGAACCCGGCCGCUGUAACCACACAGCUGAGCGUGACGGAGGAACCUGCGGCCAGCAGUAAAGAAGUGAAACCAGAAGAGGAGGAACAGCUCAUUCAUGAUAAGAGUACCAAUCCCCCCACCCCGGCCACCCCUCAAUCCCCCGCCACAGAGGCCGAGACCCCGAGCACGGCCAUUCAGAUGACCUGGACUGAGACUAAGUGUGAUGGAGAAAAGGCAAAACCAGCCGGAGCCACCACACCGGAGGCUAUUAAAGACCUAUUUAACAUGAAACCCGAGUGGGAAAAUCUAAACCAGUUCAACGUGAGGCGCAUGCACACUGCACUUAAACUGAAUGAAGUCAUCGUUAAGAAAUCCCAGGAAGCCAAACUAGUCCUGCUUAACAUGCCCGGACCACCGAAAAACAGAACCGGUGAUGAGAACUACAUGGAAUUCAUGGAGGUUCUAACCGAAGGUCUGAACCGGGUCCUCCUCGUACGUGGUGGCGGUCGCGAAGUCAUCACCAUCUACUCUUAGGAAACUACCUUACAUCACCCAACCCCAUCUGCUUUCAACCCUUCUUUCCAAAACUACCCCUACACCAUCCAACACCAACAAACCCCCCAGUGUGGCCCAAGCAAUAUCCCAGAAUUCCCUUCAUGACUGCUCGGCCAACCUGUUCCCUUAUUGGCCUUCUGGCAUUCUGUGAGGACCGAUCGUUCACAUUUUACUGUUUUAUGAAGGUGCACUGUUGAUGUCAGUGGGUAUUUGGUCAAUGCCCCUCAUCUGUAGCUUUCCUCCUUGUGCACUGCGUUCAUCCGCCAAUCACCACUCUCAUCCAAUCAGGAGAGGUGAGUGGGUUUAGCUUGAUUGUUUUAGUCAUUGUUUAUUAUUUAUUUUGAGGAGGAGGAUGCGGUACAGAACAUGCAACAGUCAAGAAGAUGGAUUAAGACUUUGACAGACGAGCGUUGAAGAACAUUUCUGCUGUGGUAGAUAGAGACUGAUCUCCGCCCUGCUGCUUUGACAACCUUUGAAAAUAUUAUUCCUGUCAGAAGUUUUAACUUAAAAAAAAUGUAAACAAAGUCAACAUGAAAUCAUAAUUGACCCUAUUUACUUUCUUAAUCUUUUCAUAAUUUUUCAAAAAGUAUUUGGCCUCUAAUGUAACGUUCAGUUUCGGCUGAUGCCUCCAAACCUCUCCUCCAACCAGCAAGUUUUUCAACUUUCAAUCCCAAAUCUUCUCGCAUGGCUUCACUUUGAAAGAUUUCACAUUACGGAAGUGAAACGGGUUGGCGAAUGCCAUUUCAUGUUGACUAUAAAUGGGUAUAUUCCUAUGCACUAUGUCAUAGUUUCUUUCCAUCUGCAUGCGUUUUGUCUGAUCAACCUUCUCGUUUUCCGUGUUCCUGUUUGUUUUUAAGUGACUAGCUAUUUCCCUGCCAACUACAGUCACAACAUGUGCCAAAAAUGAGGCUGGAAGGCUGUGCGCCUCUUUGUCUGACGGCAAAGCGUUGAAGAAGGGCCGUCUAUCAGUGUUAACAGCACUGUUAUUAGUGAAAGAAAAGAAACUACUGCACCACUCAGAAGUGGAUUCGUGUAAAUAGUGUAUAAGGUAUUAUUAGAUAUCGAUGUAGUAUUUUUAUUGUGAAAUAACCGAAGCUUCUGGUGAAGAAACGCAGGGUCAUGGUGUUUUGAAUGGCUACAGGCUUCUCUUUACGGUGGAUUGAAGUAUCGUACUGAACGGUACGGUAACAAACUUCCUCUUACCCAACAAGCACUCAACCUGCACUGACAGCCACUGUGUAACAAAUGAUUUAAUGAGUCGUCCGAUUUAUUGAAUGUGUGUCUGCGCAUGUUUGCAUGAAUGAGUAAACAAGUGAUGUGUAAGUUAGCCAUUUUUUCCUGUUUUGCAAAAAGAAAUUGUCUAUGUUUGUUACGUUUACAGACAAAUCUAUUAUCUAUAAAGUAUCUAGAUCUAGGUUAAAUCUAUACAAAUCUAUUAGAUUGUCCGUGAUGGAGUUAUACCGUAUAAAUAUUCUAGAAUGUGAUCGUGUUGCCAAAUUUAGAUUUCACUUGUGCCAUUUAAAUGAAAAUGUGAAAUGUUACUGAUGCCAUAUCCACUUUAAACACAAGUAGAUUGUUGCAAUGCCGAGUUGAUUUUGUGUCAGAAUUACCAUUGAUUUGUGAAAAACUCAAGAGUCGUAGUAUUUUGCUGUUGUUAUUAAGAUGCACAUGCAUCUACACCAAUAUUAUGAUAACUCCCAUAAAACCCACGUGAUAUCCUAGUAAAAGACAUGAACAGAAUAAAAUCUAAUUUAGUAAUAAUGGUAAUUCUGACACAAACUUAGUGCAGCAAUAGACUUACUUGUUUUUGAAAGAAUGAUGCAAAAGUUUUAAAGAUUUGAUAAUGGAUCGAAUAACAUACAUAAUUUAAACUCUAUGCAGUCCUACUGUAAGGCCCCGUGUCCACCAAAGCGUUUAUACGCGACUAAAACGCCAACGAGUGCUUUGAUUGCUAUGAUACUUUGUUUUGUUUAUCAGUCGUUGUAUGAUGCGGCGGUUGAUUGGUUGGUGUUGUAUUCAUCCCUCCCCCUUACUGUGAUUGGGCAGCUGAGUGAAAAGUGAUAUUGACGACCACAGCGUUCUUCCCCAAGUUGAAAACUUUCAGUGCACGGACAAAAAUGACGAGCUGCUGGCAUAUUUAAAAGUCUGGCGCUUCCAUUGGAAACAUUUGAAGACGUACGCCGUCCGCAGGAAAAACGGUCAGGUGGACACGGGGCCUAAAACAUCAGCCAAAUGAGAAAAUCAAAUGUUUCAUUGGCUAAGUUGGUUCUUUAAAAUCAUCUGUAGCCUUAAUUUUGGCUGAAAUCCAGAUAAAUAUAGAGUUUAGGCCGUAAACUAGUUUUGCACAGGUAUAUUGUAAAAUUGGGAAUUCAUACACUGCCAAAAAUGACUUUCUUACUAAGUAUUUUUGUCUUGUUUUCAGCACAAAUAUCCAAAAAUUCUUAAAUCAAGAUGAAUUUUCUUCACAAGCAAAAUUACCUAGUUUUUAGACAAAAAAAUAAAAUUUAAGAGAAUUUGUGCUUUAAAAAAUCAGCCAAUAGGCUAAGAAAAUGGUUCUUGAAUUAAGUGUUGAUGAAAAAAGUAAACAUUUUAUGAUUUUUUUUCUUACCCAAUUGGCAGAUAUAUAUUUUUUUCCCUUUUUUUUUUGUUGUUGCUUGUUUUAAGCACAAUUUCACUUAAAUUCAAAUUUUUGUCUAAAACUAGACUUAUUUUCUUAAGUAAGUUUGCUCAUCAAGAAAAUGCAUCUUGAUUUAAGAAUAUUUAGAUAUUUUAUACAAAAAAUAAGACAUAAGUACUAAGUAAGAAAGUAAUUUUUGCCGUGUAUAUUCAUUGCAUUAUUUAUUUUUGUAGAAAUACAAGCUAUUUAUAUCUUUUUCCAUCAGUUUCACAGCAGAAUACCAUUAGCUAUAUAAAUAUAUAUAUAUUAAAUAUUUAUAGAAAUAUAACUUAUAUCACUAGUAAGAAAUUAUAUACAGUAGUUUACGAAAUAACAGAUGAUGUUAUUUUAUGUUUAAAUAUAUAUGGGAAAACCUCAUAGGGUAUGAAUGCCGCUGCUAUGUAUUAAUAGAUUUGACUUAGAUUGUGUGUGUACAGAGAGAAAGAUAUUUAAUAUUUAAAGAUACGUUUACACAGUUAACACGAGGAGGGGUUAAUGCCGAGAAUUAACCUGUACUGCCGCUUGAAUCAAAAACAAAAUGAGCAUCAUAAUCAUCGUUAUCAUGUUUCAUUGCUUUCAUAUUUAGUUUAAGAUGUUGACUUAUAGCGCACUGAACCAUGCAUUGAAAAACAUUUCAACAAAGUACUGCCUGCAUAGACUGAGCCUUCGGUGUUGUUUCAAGAACAAACCAUGGUUAGUUUGUUCAGAGAUGUUUUUUACACCUUCACUUGCGAUGCGUGUCGUUUUACUCCUGUUUGCAUGAUGUAUGUUGGAGAAUUUGUUGUACAAUUAUUUUCAUAAUGUCUGAUGAUGUGUGUAUAUAUAUCGUUUUUACAUGUGGUGGUUUAGUACUUGUAAAUCAUGUUGGUUAGAAUAGCGCGAGUUGAUCUCUUUUUUUUCGGCUUUGUAUAUAAUAUCGCUGUAGCUGAGCGGUUGUUCAUUCCUGUCGUACAUCGUACAAAAAUUAUGUAUGAACUUUUUGUUUUCAGUGGUUAUGUGCAAUAUUGAUUUUGAUGGAUAUUAGUACGCACGGCGUAUUUAAAUUUACAUUUUUCGUUUUCUGCUUCUCUCAAAACGGUCUUGUACAUGGGCCAUGUAGUUCAUCAGUGUGAUAGAGAAGUGUGCGUCACAUCUGUUCUAUGGUGGCUGAGAUAGAAAUGCACUUUAAACAGAAUUACACGUUCGUAGUGACAAUAUCGCGUCAGAAAAUUGAGCAUUCCAGAUCAUCAGCGCUAAUGCCUCUAGUGGCAAAAGUGUGUACUGCAGUCAUUUAAAACAUUGGUUCCUGAAGGAUCCCAACACGUUUUGUAUGCCUUUAUAAUCUAACACACUUGAUGGUAAAGUUAACAUCAUCCAAAAUGUUAAAGGGGUCCUACAGGAGCAGGGUUGGUACCAGUGUUCGGGAAAGUUACUUUCAAAAGUAAUGCAUUACAAUAAUAAGUUACUCCCCCAAAAAGUAACUAAUUGCGUUACUUAGUUACUUUUCGUGAAAAGUAAUGCUUACAUUACUUGUAAGUUCCUUUUGCGUUACUUUUUCUUAUUUGGCUGAGGCUUGAUCUCUUUCAGGCCUUGCAGGAGUUUUUUAUGAUCACAAAAAUGUCAAGCUCUGGCGUUUCUGACUCAAACUGUUCCCGCACACAGAGUGUAUAAUUCUACAUUAAUAUGUUCAGUUUAAUUCAGUACAAUAUUUUAUUUUUAAAUUGAAUUAAUUAAACUAAACUUGAAUUAAUUAACUCAAAUAUUAAUGUGUACAUUUAUAAAGAAAUGCGUUACUUUACUCGUUACUUCAGAAAAGUAGUAAUAUCACGUAAUGUGUGUUACUUGUAAUCCGUUACCCCCAACACUGGUUGGUACAACGAAUUUAGAAGCUUUGGAAGUUACUGUGAUGGGUUUGCAGACCGGAUAGAUUUGUUUGCUGCAGUAAAAUUACUACCUGAAUAUAUUGAUUUUAUUAUGCUGUACAAAUGUCAGUGUGUAUGCUGUUUGUUUGGCAUGAAUUUCUAGCGUUUCAUUUAUUAAAAAUGACAAAAAGAAUAUACGUAGAUGUAAAAGAAAAAAGAAAAGAUAUAUUUCUUAUACAAAUCACUGAAUCGAUGUGAUCAUUUCCAUCACAUCUGACAUCACUGCAUCUUUCCACAUCUCUGAGCACUGUAUUGAAAUGUGAUCACAGUAUGAAACAUUUGAUCGUAUCGAUAUUGAUUAAAGAUUACAAACAAGCGCUUCCACAACUGGCUUUGGCUCUGACAGUGUUUCUCUUUCCUUUAGUCAACAUUAUAUGGUUAUGAAUACCCGAAUCGUGUGUAGCAAGAAGAGAAAUCAAAUUCUCUUACAAACAGACACAUCUUUAAAACAAACAAAAAGGGCUCAAAAAAACAUCCAACAUGGUCUCAAAACAACCACAAAAUUUCAUUUUUUUUUUUUUUUAUAAAAAAUUAAGUCCAGAAUAGACUCCUUAUUAAGAAGGUUGAGCAUUAAGGUCCAUUGGAGUCUGUUACCAAGGCCUUUGCCGUGAGUUUUUUAAAGCACUAUUUUAUACCGGUUCUCCACCUGCAAAAUCCUGUUUGGUUCAGAGAGCUUUGUUUUUAAGGGUGUAGCCCUGUAACUGUGAUCACAUGAAGGCUUGUAUUUAUUUCACGAAACAUUCCAGUAAUCGUGGUAAAAACAGUACAGUACUGCAGUGCAUGAAGAUGUAAACCGUACCUUCAGUUAUGUUGCUGAGCUCUUAUUAGGGGUCCAGAUGUUCAAUUCAAGCAAAUCCAUGUGAAGCUGUUUAAAUAGAGCCUGAACCCAGAUCUGUUGUCUUGUUCAACGCAUGCACAUUAUCCUGAACAAACAGAUAAAUUAUAUAUAAAUAUAUAUAUAUAUAUAAAUGUUUUGUGAUACACAGUAUUAUGUUCACCCCAGUUCUUUUCAUUGGAAAUGCAUUAUUUUUACAAGAUGCUUGAUGUUCUUGCUGUAAAGUUUCUUUGGAGCCUUUAGUGUGAAUGAAUGUUGAUUGAUUAAAAUGGUUGAUUUUUACUAGUUUAGCCAAGAAUGAGACCAUUUUGCUUUUAUUGUGUUAAUUUAUCUAAAAACAAAAAAACAUGAACCGAUUACCAAAGUAUAUUUAUGUUAAUCUGGAAAUGUCUUUAGUGUCAUUCUAAUAAAUUAAAAAUAAGCUUGAGGGUCUCCUGCCUUUUGAAGUAAAAACAUUAUUAUUUAUAUCGGUUUCGUACUCAUGCCUUAAACACACAGAUUGGCAGCUAUGUUUACUGAUCUAUAAAGUGCGAUGUUUAUUGGUUAUUUAUUGCAGAAUUUAAUUAGCUGAAAAUGUGCAUUAUGUUUAAUUCAAGUUUGCAAAAGAAAUAUUUGUUGUAACAGUCCGCAUUACAGUGCUUACUUGUGUUGCGAUGUAGUGAACACAUUGUUUUCGAUGUUUACAUUUAUGGUGCAAAAAAUUUACAAACAUUUUAAAUCUUAAUUUUAAAUUCUGAUUUGAUGUGCUGGUCACACACAAAAAAAAUCUCUGGUUGCACAUGACUGUAUUAAAUUUUCUUAAAAUGAUUUUUCUUAAAAAAAUUGUUUGAUCUACGUAAUUUAAUUAUGUACACCAGUUCAACAUGAUUCAAUCAAGUUUUCUUAAAAUGAAAUUAAAAAUAAUUAAAAUAAAGAAAACCUUAUUUAAUUAUUAUUGGUUUAACAAACUAUAUUUAAAAAAAAAUAAAAAUUAGUUACUUUUUAUAUCUUGCCCUUGAACAGCCAGGUAAAAACACUGUUAUGUAUCCCAGAUGACUCCAGGACGAAUCUGCACCGGAUCCUCUGACUUCGGCACAGAUCCGGCCCAGAGUUGUCCGAAGUCUGGGAUGGCUUUAUGUGGCUUAUUGCUUUAUUAACAUGUUUAUAGAGUUGUUGUACAAAUCCAGUACCACGCAAUCAUGUUGUUUUGAAUUUUUCCGAAUGAAAGCAAAAUUAAUUGUAGAUCAAAAUGCAAAAAAACCCUCAGGCUUGUUUUUGAUUUGUUGGAAAUGAAAACCUUUUGUAUUCACAUUUGAAAUGAGUUUAUUUUGUCCUCUCUGAUGUAUAUGAUCAUAUGUAGUGCGUUUCUGUGUGUUGUGUGUGUGUGAAUGCGUGUACAAUGAUGUACACACAAUAGAUCUGGGACCACAGGAAAGGAUCGGGUGUCCUGUAAAUAUAGCAGAAAUAGUAUUGAGGUGUUUAUUUUUUGUGUCCGUGUAAGUUUGAUAUUUUGAAAAGAAAAGAUAAAUAAUGAGUAUUAUCUAUUGUGUUUCAUGGUACAUAAAGAAAAUAAUGUAGAUUUAUCUUCAAAUGCUUUAUCUCUAUGGCUUCUGCAGAACUCUCAUUCCAUUUUAUAGAUUUGUCAGCACAAAAUGCAAUAAACUAAAACCAUUUUA